CAACAACAAAUGGAAGAGCUCAAAUCCAGGUUCAAGAGGAUUUGCGUGUUCUGUGGGAGUAGUUCAGGGAAGAAAGCUACCUAUCAAGAAGCUGCAGUAGAACUUGGCAAGGAACUGGUAGAGAGAAGAAUUGAUUUGGUCUAUGGAGGUGGUAGCGUGGGGCUUAUGGGUCUCGUUUCUCAGGCAGUUCAUGAUGGUGGGCGCCAUGUUCUAGGGGUUAUCCCAACAAGUCUGAUGCCUAGAGAGAUAACAGGUGAUCCUAUUGGGGAGGUGAGAGCCGUAUCUAAUAUGCACCAAAGGAAAGCCGAAAUGGCCCGUCAAGCUGAUGCUUUUAUUGCCCUCCCUGGAGGAUAUGGUACCCUUGAAGAAUUGCUGGAAGUCAUUACAUGGGCUCAGCUUGGGAUCCACAGCAAACCAGUGGGCCUGUUGAAUGUGGAUGGAUUUUACAAUUCCUUGUUGUCUUUCAUUGACAAGGCCGUAGAUGAAGGCUUUAUAUCCCCUACGGCACGGCGCAUUAUCGUGUCUGCACCCACAGCCAAACAAUUGAUGCUAGAGCUAGAGGAACAUGUUCCUGAGCAAGAUGAGUUUGCAUCCAAGUUGGUGUGGGAAACGUGCCUGAAUCAGAAGUUGCCAUGUGAUUGA